AUGGUCACAGUGGUGGGCAAUCUGGGCAUGAUCAUCCUGACAAAGGUGGACUCCUGCCUCCACACACCUAUGUAUUUCUUUAGCAGACACCUGCCUUUCAUUGAUCUUGAGAAUUCCACUAACAUUUGCCCCAAGAUGCUGGUAAAUUUUGUUGUGGAGCAGAAUACCAUUUCCUAUUAUGCCUGUGCCAUGCAGAUGGGUUUCUUCAUUAUGUUCAUUAUCAGUGAACUUUUCAUGUUGCCAGCUAUGGCCUAUGACCACUACGUGGCCAUCUGUAGCCCUCUGCUCUACAGUGUUAUCAGGACACCGAGGGUUUGCCAUGUGCUUGUGGGUAUCCACUACCUCUACAGCACAUUUGUAUCUCUGAUGUUCACCAUUAAGACUUUUACAUCAAAUUUCUGUGGCUCUAAUAUCAUUAUGCACUUCUGCGAAGAAGUUAGUUUGCUAUCCAUGCUGUGCUCAAAUGCACAAGAACUAGAAAAGUUGACCAUAACAUUUUCAGCAUUUAAUUUGAUUUCCUCUCUUUUGGUAUCCCUAGUGUCCUACAUGUUGAUUCUCACAGCCGUAUUUCAAAUGCAUUCUGCUGAAGGCAGGAAAAAAGCUUUCUCCACAUGUGUUUCUCAUCUGCCAGUGGUGGUUGUGUUCUAUGGGACUCUACUAUUUAUGUACCUACAGCCCAAAUCUGCUCACUCUGCUGAUUCUGACAAAAUUUCCCAUGUUUUACACUUUAGUUAUUCCCAUGCUUAA